AUGGAGAAUGAAUGGUGGCUCAAAAAAGCCGAAGAGAUACAGAGGAACGCAGAUGACAACAAUGCUCAUGCCUUCUACGAGGCCGUGAAAUCCUUGUAUGGCCCGCAGAAGCGUAACAUCGCCCCUGUAAGAUCUGCAGACAGCUCUGUACUAUUCAAGGACAAAGAACAGAUUCUUGAGCGUUGGGCCGAACUCUUUGACGCCCUGCUUAACACAACAAACCCCUCUGAUCCUUCUGUCCUUGAUGCUCUCCCAGACCUACCACCAGUCCCUUCCCUUGAUGAACCCCCAAAGUUCACUGAGGUCUUCUCUGCAAUUAGGAGUCUUAAAAACAACAAGAGCCCUGGCCCUGAUGGACUCCUGGCUGAAAUCUUCAAGAAGGGGGGAAACCUGUGUAUACGCCAGCUUUUCCUCUUCAUCUGCAACACCUAG